AUGCUGGGUGCAAGAAGUUUUGUACACAAUUCGAGGAGAAGGAUAGUGCAACUUUCCCACGUGAAGCCUCCAAAACAGAUAAGCAAUGAACAAGUGAAGGCGUUUGGCAAGAAUGAUAUAUUGGAUUGGGAUUUGUUGCGAGCAUCGAUCUCAAAGUUCAACAAUAGUUCUUUGCACGUUCCGUUGGUGAUUAAUGGGGAGCGGGUGUACUAUGGUAAUUCUGGGAAGCGGACUACGUUUCAGCAAGUGAAUCCUGCCUUGCAUUCUCAAGUGUUGGCAGAUGUGACCCAGGCUACAGUGGGAGAUGUUAGAGCAGCUAUUAAAGCAUCUAAAGAUGCGAAGGAAGCAUGGUAUAAAACGCCAUUCUACGAUAGGGCUGCAGUGUUUUUAAAGGCUGCAGAUUUGGUAUCAACAAAAUACCGCUAUGAUAUGUUGGCCGCCACAAUGCUGGGUCAAGGUAAGAAUGUGUAUCAAUCAGAGAUAGAUUGUAUUACUGAAGUUGCGGACUUUUUCCGUUUCAAUGUGAAAUAUGCGGAGGAGUUAUAUAACCAACAACCUAUUGAAUCAAGCCCUGGGGUGUGGAACAGAGCGGAGUACAGGCCAUUAGAAGGUUUUGUAUAUGCAGUGACACCUUUCAAUUUCACUGCGAUUUCCGCAAAUUUAGUUGGUGCGCCAGCUUUGCUCGGUAAUACGGUAGUAUGGAAGCCAUCCCAGAGCGCUGCUCUCUCGAACUAUUUAAUGUUAACAGUUUUGGAAGAAUGUGGUUUACCUCCAGGGGUGAUUAACUUUGUUCCUGGAAACCCUAUUGAGAUCACAGAUGAAGUAUUGAAGGACGAAUCCUUCGCUGCUUUGCACUUUACAGGAUCCACCGCUGUUUUCAAGAGUCUGUACGGUAAGAUUCAAAAUGGUGUUGUUGAUGGAACCUACAGAGAUUACCCAAGAAUAGUUGGUGAGACUGGUGGGAAGAAUUUCCAUUUAAUUCAUCACACUGCUAACUUGCCGCAUGCUGUUCUCUCUACGUUGAGGGGUGCAUUUGAGUACCAAGGUCAAAAAUGUUCUGCUACUUCCAGGCUGUACCUCCCCCAAUCUAAGGCACAUGAGUUUCUCACCGAUUUAGUCGGGACUCUCAGCUCCGUUAAACCUGUCAACACAUCUGCCUCCAAGCUGAACGGCGGAGAUUUACACGGCUUUAUGGGUCCAGUUAUUCACGAACAAAGCUUUGACAAACUGGUAAGUACAGUUGAAGAAGCCAAAAAAGACCCAGAACUAGAAAUAAUCUACGGUGGUGAGUACAAUAAAAGCCAGGGUUACUUCUUCGGACCUACGAUCAUCACCACGAAUAACCCUCGCCACAAAUUUAUGUCCACAGAAUUCUUUGGUCCUAUUUUAACUGUUUACAAAUACCCUGACUCCCAGUUCGAAAGCAUCUGCGAAACCAUUGACACCACCACCAAGUACGGUUUAACUGGCUCAAUCUUUGCCCGUGAUCGUGCGGCUAUCCGUUUGGCAGAUGAAAAACUACGCUUUAGUGCAGGAAACUUCUACAUUAACGAUAAAUCCACCGGAGCUGUCGUCGGACAACAAUGGUUUGGUGGCGCCAGAAUGAGUGGCACUGAUGACAAGGCUGGUUCUGGAAAUGUCUUAAACAGGUUCGUGAGCAUUAGAAAUGUCAAAGAGAACUUUUACGAAUUAACGGAUUUCAAAUAUCCUUCAAACUACGAAUAA